GGAAGUUUACGCUGCCUUGACAUAAGAACACUUCCGUUGCUACACUUCUCCACAGAAAAAACAUCAUUUUUUGAAAAACAUUCAUGACUUAAGAGGGCGAACAUAUUUUCAGACGGAAUUACCAGCGAAGGAGCAGCACAAGAUGAACUACGUACCGGGGACGGCGAGUUUGAUAGACGACAUCGACAAGAAGCACCUGGUACUGCUCCGGGAUGGAAGGACACUUAUCGGCUACCUCAGGAGCAUCGACCAGUUCGCGAACUUAGUUUUCCAUCAGACAGUGGAGCGGAUCCACGUGGGGAAGAAGUUCGGCGACAUUCCCAGAGGAAUCUUCAUCGUGAGAGGAGAAAAUGUCGUCCUGCUCGGAGAAAUCGAUGUGGACAAACCCUGCGACACCGUCCUGCAGCAAGUGUCCAUAGAAGAAAUCCUGGAGGAGCAACGGUUGCAGCAACAAGCCAAACAGGAGACAGAGAAAGUAAAGAUGCAGGUCCUAAAAGACAGAGGCCUCUCCGUCCCCAAGGCCGACAAUCUGGACGAGUACUGAGAGCGCCCCCCCCUUAGCGUUUCACGAGCCCAGCUUCUUAGUUCGCGUAGGACUCGUACUAUUUUUUUUUACUUUGAGACGACUGCUUUGAGCGACACUUAUUAAGUGAUGCAUACUGUAUGAAUUUAAUUUGAAAAAUUAAAAAAAAAA